AACGGUCUAUAAAUUGUAUGCGAUGAAUCAUGGAGUGGUUGACGUAAGACUAGAUAAGGAAAAACCCAGUGACAAGCUGUUAUCUAUCGAGUUUGAGCAAACAUCCAUUACUGGUAGUUGAAGCGCUUCAAGCAGGCGUUUGUACAUGUAAAGAAACUUCAUUUUAGAAAUUGAACAUUAUUUAGGGGACAUUACACGGUGGUUUAGAGCUCGAACAUAAACGCAAGGGUGUUGAAUUACUUUCGCCAACAUGUACAUUUCGAAUUGAACACACUACUAGUAUAUAGGUGACAGGGAGGAAACAUCAAAAUGAAUGAACUUAUCACGGAUCGCGGUUUGAGAAACUGGAUAAAGGCGUGUUUAGGAUUAAAGUGUGUCAGGGAUGGCAUGCUUCCGUUUAUGGAAAGGAAGUGCGAAGACAUGUACGCAAACAAUGAAACAUUCACCAAAAGCAUUACUAAAUUAACAACAUAUUUAUGCAGUGUUUGUUGUGUAAAGGAUGUUAAACCAAAUCAUUCUAUGAAAAACUGUCCUGCAAAAAGACAGUUGGGUGGAAAAACAAAAUGCGCAUGUACUAAUAAGAAAAAACAACUAUGCCCUCAUGGAGGUGCGUGUGGGGUUAUGUACGACAGAAUUAUGAACGACCAUGUCAAUAUGGCCCCUCGGUGGGACAACUCAGAUUGUCAAAAAUGGUACUUGAACGGAUGGGAACAGAUGAAGUGUUUCAUAGAAAUACCCGGAUAUAAAGAAAAGGCACAUAUUUCGCAGGCAGAUGUAACUGCUUUUGUGCACAUUUGUCAGAACAACAAAACUUUAUAUACGAUAUUUAAAUCACAUUUAGGUAAACUAAUGCAGGUCCGGUCAGAUCGCAACGAGAUUUACCAUUCUGGAGAUUUGGAUUUAACAGAUGACAAGUUGAAAGAAUAUCUUGCAAACAUGAAAGCUGUACUCAAUAUAGCUGUGUUUAACGCUUUUACAAGUGAUAUCCAGGAACAGUUGGAUAAACUGGCAAAAUUAGAGGCUGAUGUCGGCAUUGAAGUUGAUACGGAAACAGAAAUUGAAGCACGUAAAGAAGCAUUGAAUGCUUUGAUCGAAGACACAAGCACGUUAGAAGAGCGAAUUGCGAACACACCCGCUGAUGAACCAGAAUUAAGUAUCCAACAAGCCCAGUUUGCAGUUUUACAGGACUCCCACAUGAGAAGCAUUGCGGAUCGCUUGAAAGGAAUAAAAGAUGAAUUCAAUCUCUGCGCAAAGUUUCUACUUGAACAAUCAACCGAAUUGAAAAGCAUUACCGCGGGAGUUCAUGUAAAUACAAAGGCCUUUGAAGCGUUACAAAAGGAACUAGUGCAACAAUCCGAACUCAUCCGUGGUAUCGAAGUUGCUACUGUAAAGACCAACUUAGUUGUAACUAAAAGCUACAAAACGUUAAAAGACGUUGAGUGCGAUGUAAAAACGAUUCUACUGAUAUUCAAGGAAAUUUUUAAGCAUAAUAGACCUCACGUCAGAAAUAUUAAUGGGUCGAUUGUUGCUGAAAUAAAGGGGACAUCUGACGAAAAGCAAUUAUCAAAUGAAAUUGUACAGGCAUUCCGUAAUAGAAAAUUAACUCCUGACCAAGAAGCUAACGGUGAUUUUAACAAUGUCGUUAUGGAUGUAAUAAAAGCUGUUGAAGCGGACGGAAAUGAUAUCAUCGAUGUACGCACCGGUAGCAUAAUCAUUAAUAUCCUAUGCCCGUCCUUGACCAACUGGAUAACCCUAUGCGAGAAAUGCAUUGAUGGCAGGAUGACACGGCGGUUCAAACCGUUACAAGAUUACUUGAGGAAAAACACAAGCUUUGGAAAUCUAACAAUUACGGUCGACAUGCUGGAAACAGAUUUUGUUGAAUCAGUUGACACAAUUGUCAAGCAGUUAUAUCCACACUUGAUUGCUGCCUUACCUCAAAACAUGCACCGUCCAGAUGGAAUCGAAAACACAAAUGUACAGCAAAUGAAUGCCAUGUUAACGUGCCUCCUGGACAACUCAUAUCAGUAUUCCCAUCAAAAACAUAUUGCAGAUAUUCAGAUACACCGUGCGCAUAGAAUUCAAUGUCCAGAAACGCAGAUCGACAAUGGUCAAACAACAUGGGUCAGAGUUGACCAAAUUUGCACGGGAUCGAAAACCGAUCAGAACGAAACACCACCGACAAGUGAAACUUUGUCAGUUCAAAACACCUUUUCAGGGACGCACACCGACCUAAACGUUAAGGAAGAUGCAAUAUCGACUGACUUGGAAGCUUGCGGACGUAAAAUUUACGAUGUCACGCAGCCCAAAAUCAAGCAAUCCAAUCACGAUGAACGCUACCAAGUGACGUCGCGGAAUUCUGAUGGCUCAAUAUCGAUUGCAAGUUUUCGAGAGAGCCUAAUGUUUCGCCCACGGAACUCGGAGCAUUUGUAUCGAUCGAUUGGCACGAAUACGGCGGUUACUUCUAGAAGCUCCACCGAUCCGGAAUUAAGGAAAGAAAGUUGGGCUUUUGGUUCCCCUCACAUGAUGCCUGACAUGUCUUUGGAAAGGGAAGACACCCCAAGAAGAGGGUUAAAGCGAGAUAGGGCAUAUAAUAAACCAUUCUCCACCAGUUCGAUGUCUGUUUUCGAGGAAAGUCUUCACAAAGGGUUGAAAGCCUUGGAAAGUGACGAUGUCACGCAGCCCAAAAUCAGGCAGUCCAAUGACGAUAUGCCCUACCAGGUGAGGAAGCGGCAUUCUGAUGGAUCGCUUGUUCCUCCUGGUUUUGUCGCGAUACAUCCUCCACCUUCUUUGCCCCUGUAUCGACCCUCCAGAACGGAUACGGAGGUGACAUGUAGCAGCUCCACCAGUCCAACAGGAAGCUGGAAUUCUGGUUUCUCGGCGACACAGUCUUUCGAAGAAUGGCAGAAAAUGAAUAUGGAUGCUGUUCCCAAAGUCGAAACCAACGCUAUACACAUGCCCAUAGAUCGAUCCAGAUUCCAUAAAAGAAAGUCCAAGGAGUCCCCGUCUGCCAUAAUGUUGAGUGAUACAGAUAAUGAAAUUCGAACUCCUCUUGUGAAGCGAAUUCAAGACCUUAUGGCUGGCAACGUUCCCGGCGUUAAAGAUGGGGCAGGAGGAAACAUGAUGGAGUGACAGGAAAUUUUAAUGUUACAGACGUAAAGGCGGAAUUACCACAUGCAUCUGGUACUGUAGGAGUAGAAAAAGAGAAAUAUGCAUUCAGUUUCACUAUAACCCAAAACAGGAACUUGCUGUUAAAAGCACUAUUUCAGCAGGCACUUUUGAGAGAAAUAGCGACGUCGGGCAUACAAGAUGCGUUUGUGUUUAAAGAUUAUCAAAUAAUUGUUGUUUAAAUUCGAAACUUGAUUUGUUGAUGGUAUGACGACAAUGGGAUCAUAUCGCACCGCGUUUUCACACAAUCCCACUAUUGUCAUUGAAUACGUGUGUUAUCAUCAUCAUUAUACAAUCGAGACAUCGGACCUUGUCAUCUCAUUGUCGUGUCAUCCUGCUUGUACGGAAUCCGGAUAGUGCCAUUUAUAAUCUCGACCUUCUUUCAUCAAGGGCGACACACGAAACACAAUAUUUUGCGCGACAGUCGCGGCGACGCACGAUAUUUUGCGCGACAGUCGCGGCGACGCACGAUAUAUUUAACACGAAAUAUCGCCUUUGUGCGACAGUCGCCCUUUUGUAUGUGAUAUCUCGCCCUUUGAACACGACCGUCGCCCUUUGAACACGACCGUCGCUCUUUAUGAACGCGACCAUCGCCCUUUUAUAUGCGAUAUCUAGCCCUUUGAACACGACCGUCGCCCUUGAACACGACCGUCGCCAAUUAUGAACGCGACCGUCGCCCAUUAUAUGCGCGAUAACCUUUUGUAAAUAUAUAAGUUCGUAUUUAAAAAAAGCAAAAAACUAGGUAUGUUACAUAUUUAUGUCCAAACUUUUUCAUUUUAAGACCAAUAUUUUUUCAUCAAAAAUAUUAGUGAACUUAUGUGGUUAAAUCGUGGCGAUAUUAAGUGAUUUAGUAUGAGUAGGAGAGAAGUUUAAAUGAAGUUUCUCGCUAAUGUUUAUAUUUUGAGCACAUUGCAUGGGAAUCUGACAAAUGUUUUUAUUCAUAACACUUUCCAAAGCGGUUUAAGAUGCCAAUGUACAUCAAUAUAUAUUGGUCAAUUAACUGGACAGCGUUGCUGGUGAAUAAGCCUCUUGAAAUGUAAUUGUCCAUGUUUAUAAAAGUAAAAUAAUACAAUCUAAACACAAUGUAUAAACUAUUAAAACAAUCCGUCCGACUGAAGCCGCCCAUCGACGUCUACAAUGCUUGGUCUUUCGAGAAGAAUAUAUAUAAGAAACCUAUAGGCUGGAACUUAUUACAUGUUACUCUGGUUAAAGCACGAGCUUGAUUUUCUACACUCUCCGAAUGUCAACUUUGUACAAAUGCAAAAUGUCUGGCCUUUGUAGUUGUAGUAUCAAGUAUGAUUUUCAAUAUACAGAAGGGGACAAGAAUGUAUAUACUCUAUCGUGUACUUUCUAAAAAGGCCUGUGCUUUUUUCCAUAACUUCAUGCUUCCUGUUCUUGAGAUCACUGCACUAUCCCUUUUGAUAUAUUUGUGCUUUCUAACAGUUUGUGUAUAUAUAAGCAGUCACGUAUGCGUGUGAUACCUCAAUGUGAAUAUUAACAUAAGUUUAAUGAUUGUUUAUCAUGUCAGCAUGUUCAGGUUCAUAUUUUCCAUAAUGCAUGUACGACAUUAAUGCAACCAUCUUUUUUCCAGAUAAGAAUACCAAUUAUCUGGGAACCUUAUGCGUAUGUCUUACGUUUGAGCUUGUUUUUAUGAUCAGAAAUAUUCUCUACUUAUCAUCUUAUUAGAUGGAAUCCUUACAAUUGUUUGCAUUUUUGCUACCCAGCUAGUAUGACCCAUGAUGUUGUUGCUUGAAUUAAGAAAAAAAAUGUGUGUUAUAUAUUCAGAUGUUUUUUUAUGCUCCCCAAAAAUGUUUUGGGGGAGCAUAUAGUCGCCGCUUCGUCCGUCCGUGCGUCCGUCCGUGCACAAUUUUUUGUCCAAGCUAUUUCUCAGCAAUUAAUGACCGGAAUUCAAUUAAACUUUAUGGGAAGCUUCACUACCAAUAGGAGAUGUGCAAAUUAUCAGCCGGUUCUGGUCGGAUGAUUUUUCACAGAGUUAUGGCCCUUAGAAAUUUUUCAUUAACUGUUCAUAUAGUGUAAUUCUUGUCCGGGCUAUUUCUCAGCAACUAAAGACCGGAAUUCAAUGAAACUUUAUGGGAAGCUUCACUACCAAGAGGUCAUGUGCAUAUUAUCAGCCGAUUCUCGUCAGAUGAUUUUUCACAGAGUUAUGGGCCUUUGAAAUUUUCCAUUGUACAUAUAGUGCAAUUCUUGUCGGAGCUAUUUCUCAGCAUAUUAUUACGGGAAUUCAAUGUAACUUUAUGGGAAGCUUCACUACCAACAGGAGAUGUGCAUAUUAUCAGCCGGUUAUGGUCGGAUGAUUUUUUACAGAGUUAUGGCCCUUUGAAAUUUUCUAUAAACUGUACAUAUAGUGCAAUUCUUGUCCGGAUUUUUUCUCCCCAACUACUGACUGGAAUUCAAUGAAACUUUAUGGGAAGCUUAACUACCUUGAGGAGAUGCACAUGUUAUUUGUGGGUUCUGGUAAGAUGAUUUAUUUAGAGAGUUAUGGUCCUUUGAAAUUUUUAAGUUGCUGAACCAUCCAUCGUAUUAUUUUGUCCAAAGUUAUGCCCCUCAAGACGUUUCCUUUUAUCUGAAUAUAUAGUGCAAUAUUGUGACAAAAAAAAACCUUUGGGGAGCAUCACCCAUAUCCGACGGUUUCUUGUCUUUUCAUGUGUUCAUAUAACCCACAAUUUACAUAUUCUAUAUGGAUGAUAGUGUUAGAAUUGUAAUUGUAAUCUUAUGCAUGUAACAAGAUGUCAGUGAAACUAUUGAAUUAAGACUAAAACAUAUAAUAAUCACAUUCAUAUGAUUAUUAAAUUUAGGAUGACUAUAUUAUUUUUGUUGGGUUUUUGUAUAUGCUUCAAAAUAUAAAUACAUCCGCUAUAUUGACGAAUUUUUACACUUUAUCCAGUCAUUCAGUGCUACCAAUUACUAGAUAACUUAUGCAAUGUUAUGCCUUCAAAUCCAAAGUUAAGAUUAAAUGGUUUAAUGUGAAAUGUAUUGCUUUUUAAAGGAAGUAAAAGUGGAGGACUUAAAAUCAUCCUUUUAUUUUUUCAUUUAACACUUUAUAACUAGCAGUUCUUCAUUAAUAUAUUUAAAAACUCUUACUUCAUUUUUGCUGUCAAAUGAAGUUUGUUUUUAAGUGUUGAGUGAAAUUUGGAUGUAAAAUACAAUUACACUGUCUGAUUCAAUAUUACGUCUUUCGGAGUAUUCUUUAUUCUCAUAUAAAACAGUUACAAAAUCAUUAGAACAAAUAACAUACUUGUCAAAAAUGUACCUCUCCUACAUGCUGAAUAAAUUAUUCUGAUACUACAAAUUAACAAGAGUGCCAAACUGUCACAAAAUACGCCCGUUUGAAGGUUUUGGACAACUGGAUAAUUUUACCAUGACCCAUAUUAGAACUUGACCUACGUAUCAUCUAGACACAACUUGUGACCAAAUUUUGUGAAGAUCGGAUGAAAACUACAUCAAUUAGAGAGCGGACACCAUGCUUAAUGCUUGAAAUUCACAAACUGACCUCAUGACCUAGUUUUUGACCCGGCAUGACCCAUAAUUGAACUUGACCUAGAUAUCAUUUAGACACAACUUCUGAACAAAGUUGGUGAAGAUCGGAUAAAAACUACUUCAACUAGAGAGCGGACACCAUGCUAAAUCCUUAAAAUGCACUAAGUGACCCCGUGACCUAGUUUUUGACCCAGCAUGACCCAUAUUCAAAAUUGACCUAGACAUUGUCUAGAAACAACUUUAGACCAAGUUUGGUGAAGAUCGGAUGAAAACUACUUCAAUUAGAGAGCAGACACCAUGCUAAAUCCUUGCAAUGCUCUAAGUGACCCCGUGACCUAGUUUUUGACCCGGCAUGACCCAUAUUCGAACUUGACCUAGAUAUUGUCUAGAUACAACUUCUGACCAAGUUUGGUGAAGAUCGGAAGAAAACUACUUCAAUUAAAGAGCGGACACCAGGCUUAAUCCUUGACAUUCACUAAGUGACUCCAUGACCUAUUUUUUGACCCAGCAUGACCCAUAUUGAUUCUUGACCUAGACAAUGUCUAGAUACAACUUCUGACCAAGUUUGGUGAAGAUCGGAUGAAAACUACUUCAAUUAGAGAGCGGACACCAUGCUUAAUCAUUGAAAUGCACUAAGUGACCCCUUUACCUAGUUUUUGACCCGGCAUGACCCAUAUUCGAACUUGACCUAGAUAUUGUUUAAAUACAACUUCUGACAAAGUUUGGCGAAGAUCGAAUGAAAACUAUUUGAAUAAGAGAGCGGACACUGCUGUGGACGCCGCCCGCCCGCCGCCCGCCACGGGUGAAACUAUAAUACGUCCCGUUUUAAAAAACGGGCGUAUAAAAAGGAACAAAAGUGAUUAUAUAAGUGCAUUUUUGGUACAAAAUUAAAAUGCUUGUUAAACUUUAGUUUUCACUUUAUGAAUAAUUGAUUAUAUAACUAUAUGUAUUCUACAAAAAAACUAACUUAUUGUUUACAUGAUCAAAUUUAGACAAACAAAUAAUUAUUUACAUUUAAUGAUCCUAAUUAAAAUGUUUCCAGUACAAGGUUUGAUGAAGCUUGAAAGUAAAUAGAAAUUCUGCAUUAGAGAUAUCGAUAUUAUAAAACUAUUUAUAAUAGUCUUUAUUAUAGUAAUUGGCAUAUCUAACUUAUACCUUAGCUAUGUUUAUGUUAUAAGUUUAUGCAACAUAAGUAAAACUGUUUUGGUAAUCAAAUGUUAAAGCAUGUGUACUUCUAUUACAUAGAUUAAUCCUAAAUAGAAGUUGUCAUAAAUUUGUUCAGGCUUUGAUCCAUGUGUAUGAAACUUGUGUUUGUCCCAUGUUAAUCUGAAAAUAUUUGAAAAAAAGUCUUAUUUGUUGCUGCCUCAGAUUGACAUCUAUUGUUGCCUACUUAAUUGUGCAAAACUUAAACCUCACUGUUGCAUAACCACCGGUAUCGAUUUUUGAGUUAUGCUUUUAUUACAUGUAUACAUUUGUAAAAAGUCUACGUCAAUAAUACGUUUUUGUUAUGAACUAAUGAUCACAUGAAAAUAACAAUAAUCUGCCAUAAGAAUUCUAAAAGUAGUUAAUUAAGUGAUUUUUUACAUAACUUAAACAAAGUUAUUCAUUUCUAAAAAACAUUAUAUUGACUUAUUUCUGCAUUGAAAAAUGCGUCGAAUGAGACAAAAUAAAUCUAAUCCAUUUUGUUGUUUUAAUAUUCAAUCGACUUAAUAAAUUUUAAUAACAUUAUGUUGAUUGAUAUCUACUCUUAAAAAUACUACGAAGAAUACUUAUUUAAACAUAACAUUUCGAAAAAUAAUCCUGAAAUUAACUAUUAACUGAUUGCAUAUGUUCGUUUAUCUUUGUUAUGUUUAGCCAAGCUGCCGUUACACAUAUUGUCAUUUUUACUUUGACGUUUUUCUCUGUUUAUUGUGUAUUUUGUUGUUGUUUCCGUACAUUGUAUGUAGGUCUUGCUUAUUGCGUGUGUAUAGACGCACUUGCUUUAACAUUCAUUAUACAUGUAUAUUUCUUUUUUCGUUCUUACCUUAAAAUAUUGUCUUUAAACUGCAGAGGCAUCCAGUAUAAAAAGAAAAGAUAACAAGUAUUUCGAUAUUUAAAAGAAACAAAUUGUGACAUAUUCUGUUUUCAAGAGACACAUUUUGUUUGCGAACAAUAUAAAACCAUUUACUCUGAA